AUGGAUUCAAACUUGUCAACAAAAUUACUUCCACAUCAAGCGCUUCUGAAUACAUUUAUUAAAAGUGAAUACGCAUCAUCGGGAACUAACAAUCAACAAUAUCCAUUAACAGUUUAUCCGUUAACAUCAAUGAGUAGUGCAGGAAGUGAAUCAAGUUUAAGCUCACCAUCGCCUCCGAUGCAUAUCGACGAAAACUAUCUGGAUACAUCAACAGCAAAUGAAAAACAUUUAUUAGAUUCUUCAAAUAGCGUAAACCAUUCUCGACGUACGCGUCGUACAACACGUCGAUUGAAUGGUCAACCUUAUUCAUCAGCAAAUACAUCUCGUCGAAUGUCAUCGAAACGUCGACAACAACAACAUCAUCAACAACAACAACAACAACAACAAGCGCAUCAAACCUUGUCUCAAGACGAUGUGCAAAAUCAACGUGCGAUUGCCAAUGUACGAGAACGACAACGUACCCAAUCAUUAAAUGAUGCUUUUGCACAUCUGCGUCAUAUUAUUCCAACAUUACCCUCGGAUAAAUUAUCCAAAAUUCAAACAUUGAAAUUAGCAACAAGAUACAUCGAUUUUCUCUAUCAAAUCCUACGUUCCGAUGAAGAACAUUCUUCAUCAUCAUCUUCAAAUCUCUCGAUGACACAGCAACAACAACAUCAACAACAUCAACAUACAAUUGAUACAGGUUCAUCGCCAUCACCACCGAUCCAACAAACUGAGCGUCCAUUAAGCUAUGCAUUUAGCGUAUGGCGUAUGGAAGGUGCUUGGACUGCUAAUGAUAAUCCAAAUAACGAACAACAAACAUCGAUCGGUAAUGGACCAUUUUCUCCUGAUGAUUAUCAAGAAAACUAA